CUACAUACUUGCAACUCUGCUUGCAACGAACAAAAUAAAAAAUUGACACAACGAAUGGAACAGUGCCUAGUAGCUACGUAGUCCUAGCGAGCUUUGUUUACUAAAUAGUUGAAGCUAUAAUUUGAGGAAAAAAUCAAAACAAAUAACCGGUUGAUGGGAUCAGUCCAUAUGUGAUCAAAUUGGAAACAGAGAGAAAGACAGAGGAUACAAGAUCGGUCUUUGAAAUGGCUAAACGCAGAAGCAUGAACAGACGAUGGUCUAGGAGGUCUACAAAUAUUUCAGCAUUUCUAAAUGACAACACAAGUAUCUUCGAAGAUGACGAUGGCUACUGGCGUUAUCUCAACCAAACCAAUUCUCGUCCGCCUUCAGAUGUAGACAGUACAGCCGCCACAACAGUCCUUGAUCCAAAUUCAUUCUUGAUGGAGUCUAUUUCCUCAAAUACUCAAUGGAAGUAUCUCGAAAAAUCCACUGACAAUGUACCUCACCGCAUUCUGAGAAACCCAUCGAGAUCAUCCCAUUCAUCACUAAUAGAAAGUUUUGCUAUGAAGAGGUCUCUUGAAGACCAGUCAGCCUCAGACUCUGAAGUUUCGGUAGAAAUACGAAAGAAACGACCCCUGCUGCGACCACGACGAAAAACAAAAUUAGAAAGUGCUUUCUCUAUUAACUCAUCAGAUUCCCUAAUAGACUUAAAUGCCCCUCCGUCAUCCGACAAAGACAAAAAAACUAAAAUCUCUCCAGGAAAAUCUUCUCAAAUACAAAUUCGGCAGGCAUACCCUCAAGAUUCAAACACGAGUUUGGAAUUUCAGGAAGUGGAAAAGAGACGUCCCCUGUUGCGAAGUCAAACGUCGGAGCAGUUGGAUCACGGCAUGUCUACGUCGAACAAUUCUAUGAUUCUCGCUUCUCAAGAAUACAGAAAAAGCAUUGUCAGACCUCGAUCCACUUUGUUGAGCAGAUCGGCAGGGAGGAUAGAAACUAAAACAAUUGUCGCAACCGGAAAUGACUCACAAAAGGGGUCCUCUAGUGACACAGACUCUGAUGAACUCAUCUCUCAACCCAGGAAGAUCUUUGGUCGUGUGAGGUUUAAAGUAUCUGAAAAUCCUUUUAUUGGGAUUCUUGAUGAUACAGAAAAUGGAGAUCAAACUGAUAUACAUUCACCUAAAAAAAAUAGCAGGAGCCAGAGUAAGAAGAAUGAUUCUGAUGAUUUUGUACUCCAUAUAAGUUCGGUGGACACUGAGCAGAAGUCGAAGGAGUUGACAAAAGUGCAUAAUGUUGAACCGGCACCAACCGAUGAUACUCAACUUUCGGAAUCGAGCAUUUCAGAAGAUUUGAAGGUCAGUCGACCGAAAUUAUCUGGUGAUAACGAUGGAAUGUUGUCGCAAUGUAGCUCAGAGCCAUUUGAAAGAAUAAAACCAUCCCGUGGAGAUAUUGGAGCCGGUACGGAGGAUACUCUGCCAAAAGAAAAUGUCAUCGAAAUUCAAAGACAGAAUGAUUCUGGGCCGUCUGAAAUAUUAAAAGAAUUUUUUACUGAGCCGGCGCUAUCUGUAAGUAGGCUGUCCUCGCUUUCAAAAAGACCAGGAGACAGUGAAGAAGAGGUUAUUGUAUCAAACGGUACAAAUAGAUCGACACGCCGUUUGAAAUCAAUGCACCUUGAAGUUCCCGCAUCGCCAAUAAUAUCGGGAUCAGUGUCUCAAGAUAUCGAAAAUCAUGAAAGAAUUCCUGAUCACAUAAUUAUAGACGACAGACAUACGAGAGAUGAAACGUUUUCAGGUAAGUCAUUGAGGCUCACACGAUCAUCUCGCAAAGUAGUUUCAUCAGAUUCCGACGAACUAGAUAUCAUUGGUAGAAUUCAAAAUAAAGCAAUUGGUUCCAGUAUACUAAGAGAUUCGCGAUUAAAUGGUCAGAGUGCACAAGGCCAAAUCCAAUCGGAUACUGAAUUAGACGUUGAAAGAGUCACUGACAGCGAAUCUGUUUCGGCGUUGAAUAAAUCCGACGGUUCGAGCUCGGAAAUCCCUUUCCUGCGCACGGACAGCAAUGCCGACAAUAGAGAACUACUUACGGAGCCCAUUAAAAACAUGACUAAUGUGAUUAUUCGUCCGGGUCCCAAAUCUUCCAAAACGCCUAUCAAGUCCUCAGAGUCGCCUGCCCACAACUUUAGACAAAUUCCAAGCUCACCACGAGCAAAAGUGACAGAGAUGAUCGUUGAAAAGAAUCACGACACAUUAGUUCAUCCAGCUUCUAGUGGUGCAACAUUCUUCUUAAAAUCUAUUCUAAAUGAACAACAACAGCUACAAAAAUCCGCAAACGCUGAAAUAUUAGAGGAGGCUGAACUUCAGAAGCGUCCAGGUCCGAAGUCGUCAAAAAAAUUGCAAAGGUCUUUGCAAUCAACCUCAAAACGUUUGAACAUUGGAAAAAAAUCAGUAGAACAUCUCGCUGCUUCUCAUAAACCUCAACCAAUCGAUACUGAGACGGAAAGUCUCUCUGAAAUAUUUUUAGAUAAAGCCACAAGGAGAUCCCAUCCAUCUCUUUAUGCACUUCCAGAUAAGGAGCGAAGUCCUUCAAUUAGUAUGUCAGAGUCUGAUCGUGAAACUGCAGAGUCAUCGCUUCCUAUGAAUCUUACAAGGCAAACAAAUCAAGUCAGUCUUUCUAUGUUUGAUACGCAAACUCCUCGUAUAACUAAAGGAACAUACACAGGACGAAAAAACCAAUCGAAAAAUGAACACCAACAGACUUUAAUUAAAAAAGUUCUGUCUACAAUACUACCUCCAAGGAAUUUAUCAUCUUCUCCGAGCUUUGUUGCUCCCGCUAGAAACGAUGACCACACAAUGCCAAUAUCGAAUUCGAGUGAAAUGGAAUCAACACCCGCAAAAUCACGUAAAGUCGUCAAAAAGAUGAAAAGGUUUUCGACUCGUGACUUAAAAGAGAAUCAGAAGUUUACACAGUCAAAGAUUGAUACCUUCAUGCAUAAUAAAAAUGAAGUCUCUCAAAAACUCCAGAAUUCAAGUGUUCUAUUCAAUUCAGAAGAGUUUAAAAGGAAGAUAAAGGAGAGUAAAAAAAUUCUUGACGUUAUAAGAGCUAGGGAGGAAAAGCCUGAGGAUCAACAAACUGUGAAAAAAGAAAAGGAAGAGAUAAAUAUGGUAACUCGUUGGAAAGUACAGGGUAUAGGAAAAAAACCUACGAAAACUGUGGAUAGGGCUUUCAUUAUUAAUGGCAAAGUCUAUAAGAGACCCACACUUCCUAGACCUAAACAUUGGGCCACCAAUAAGCUGUAUAAAUUUCUCUGGAAGAAGAUGGAAUCCAAAUUUGGAGAGCAUGUGAGAGUUAAAUCGGAGAAAUUCGUUGUUGAACUCAAUGAAGUGAUGAUUGUUAUUAUGAGGAGGAAGAAGUAUGAUAACUAUAAGGAGGAAUUGACAAGUUUGUUAAGGAAAAUGGCUCAAUUGGGAAUUAUUGAGACAAGACUUGAUUUCCAUAGGUUUUGCUUUGAUUUCUUACCUUUUGAAUUUAGGAUUAAAGUAGUACCCAUGUUGCGAGCCGGAAAUACUCAUAAUAUUCCAUUCGAGCCUGAAAAACUGAUAGAGCCUGUUCUAGCAUAGAAUUUUGUGAACUUCAUACUAUUCAAUUAUUCACUUCCUUAAUUUUUCUUAUCCAUCGAAAGGUACAAACUUCGAACGCAUUGCAUUUCACCAAUAUUUCUUUCGUUAUUUAUGUAUGAAAAAUGAAAUUAAAAAUAUACGUUUGUCAUAAACUUA